AUGGUAGAUGGUACUUGUUCGUGUCGCCCAAACUUCGUUACAGCGAAAUGUGAUGCAUGUGCGGAUGGAAGAUACGGUGUUAACUGUGACAGGAAAUGUAGUGUAGGAUGUACCACAUCGUUAUGGGACAAAGAAAGAAGAAUUUACAUUGGUUCUUCCACAAUAAGUGCUCUCGCAGCUUUAUCUGGAGUUUUGGGCAUUUUACUUAUUUGCACAGCUGCUGGUUGCUACCUGUGGAACAGACGCCUUUCUACACCAUCAGUAACAGAACAGGAAGAUCAGCGUGAAACCGAGAUGAACUACGGACAGUUACAAAGACAAGCAAACGAACCAACAUACAUGAGUGCUGACGAAAAUUAUUCCGUGAUUUCAGAGUAGAAGCUAUAAUUUUAAGUAUUUGCAUGAUAAUUGUGAUGUUACGAGACAUUUUAUUUACAAACUGAAAAGUCAAACGUGUACUUCGAUAGUUUAUGUAUUGUUACAGUCUCAGUUUUGAUAUGCAUCGUGAAAUAUUUAGCUUAUUUCAAAACAAUGUUUAUAUACAUGCAACAGGUAUUUUUGUAGGACGUCUUCUUUUAUGCCCGUAUGUUUUUAGCAGUUGGGAAAUGUGUUUACACGACUAUGGUUAAGCGCUCACAAGCUGGUUUUAGUAAGCACUGCUGUCGGCUGCCUCAACAUUCAAACAGGAUAGUAGAUACAUUUAAGGAUGCUUGGCCUGCCCAGUAAAAAAUCCCAUGGCUCCAUUUCUGACAAAAUGGAACUUAAGAUGUAAAUGUUAUUCUAAAGCCAAACUACGAAAAUCCAUAAAAAUCACUACAACAUAAUGCAAAAAAAAUAGUGGCCCAGAACAUCCAACUCACGCCCUACGUGUGGUUUUUAGAAUUGUCUUACAACAUUUUACUUUCCAACGUUUUAUAGAGACAUUUUAGGUCUGCAAUGCUUUAACUUGCAACAUGAUUAUUUACGGUAUAAAUAUAACUAGUUCAAAAGAAAUUACUUGAACAGGCCUAGCAUCGAAAAGGUAACCAUGAACCUGUUUUAAGAACCUAUAAAUUAAAGUUGAAAAUACAA